GCCAUCACCACUCUGUAGCAGACAGGCGCUCUGGGGGAGCGUUUUCCUUGGUUUUAUCGGAUUAUAACUGUCUUCCUGAAGUUGUCUCACUAACUGACCGCCACCAUGGGCAGCACAAAGAAGUUGACAAUCCUGCAUUUCAAUGAUGUUUACAACGUUGAGCCUCAGAAGCUGGAGCCAGCAGGUGGCGCAGCGAGGAUGGCGCACUAUGUGAAGACGCUGCACGAUGAAAACCCGCUGGUUCUCUUCAGUGGCGAUGCCCUCAACCCUUCACUCAUGAGCAUAUUCCUAAAGGGAACACAGAUGCAGCCUGUGUUGAACUCCAUCCCAGUGCAUUGUGCAGUCUAUGGAAACCAUGAUUUUGAUUUUGGUGUGGACCAUUUGGAAGAUUUUGUUGAGCAGUGCUCGUUCCCAUGGUUACUGAGCAACAUAACUGACAAGUUGAACGACAAGCCUUUGGCUAACGGGUUGAUCAAGUUAAUAAUGGACUGGAAUGGAGUUAAGGUUGGAUUAAUGGGACUAGUUGAGUCCGAGUGGAUAGACACUUUGUCUACCAUCGAUCCAGCAGAUAUCAUAUACGAGGACUUUGUAAUCGUGGGCAACAGACUCGCCAAGGAACUCAGAGAUGAGGGAGCUGACAUUGUGGUAGCCUUGACCCAUAUGCGCUGGCCGAAUGACCGUCGCGUGGCCCAGGAGAUCCCAGGAGUGGACAUUGUCCUUGGGGGCCAUGACCAUGACUACGGCAUUGAGACGGUUGAAGGAAAGUACGUAUUGAAGAGUGGCACAGAUUUCCGCAACAUUAGCCGCAUCAAUGUGGAGUUUUCAGAAUCAGGGUUGAAGUUCGACAUUCAAAGGGUAGACUUCUUUUCAAGCUAUCCUGAAGAUGAGACAUUGCGACAGGAAAUUCACAAAAUGACCGCCGAGAUUGACGAGCGUAUGAAUGAGCACCUCGGGUGUAUGGGUGUCUCGAUGGACGGUCGCUUUGCUUCCAUAAGGGCCAUGGAGACCAAUCUUGGUAAUUUCAUAACGGAUAUCAUCCUGGAAGCUGUACCGGCUGAUAUCUGCCUAAUGAAUUCCGGUACAUUUCGGUCCGACCGGAUACACAACAAGGGUGAAUUUCAACUGCGCGACUUGAUGACAAUACUACCUAUGGUUGACCCGCUUGUUGUUAUCGAAGUUUCAGGUCGUGUGGUUCUGGCGGCCCUGGAGAAUGGUGUGUCACAGGUCCCCAAACUGGAGGGUCGGUUCCCACAGGUAGCGGGCCUCUCCUUCGUGUAUGACGCCAGCAAGAAUCCAGGAUCCAGGGUGGAAUCAAGUCUUGUGAAAGUGCAGGAGGAUUAUCUCGAUUUUGAUAAGACGUACCGACUGUGCACAAAGGAGUACAUUGCAUCGGGCAAAGACGGCUAUGAUUGCUUUAAGGACUGCCCUGUAGUGGUCGAGUCUGAGCAGUGUCCAACCAUCAGUACGGCCAUCAGGAACCAUUUCGAGUCUGUACAGAUUCUGUUGAAUGAGAAAGUCUGCAGAUCUGGCCAUCGACAGAGUCUAUGUAGCAUCAUCAGGCGCUCAAUGCUCAUACAAAAAACGGUUGAGAAGUUCAUGAAAAAGGUGAAACUCAGAACCCCGACAUCAUCCUUGGACGUACCAGACUCCAGUGCCAAAGACGUGAAUGCAAAUGCACAAAAAGAAGAAACAGUCGCAACUAACGCACCCACCUCUAACUCACAACCAUUCAGCACCAGUAAAUUGGGUGGUUUUAUGUCACUUGCAUCAAUCGCCACAAAUAACCAAUCGGUAGCAGGCAGUCCAGAGAAGAAACCCCGAACGGCAGACGACAGAACAAUGACUGCCCAAUCUGCCAUGGAAAAGUCGCCAUUUUCUUACAGGCGCGACAGCAAUAUUGGCGACGCGGCCCACUUGGCCCAUCUUGCCAAAGUAACUCAGGCGUUCAAGAGACCGCUGAGAACAGCGCCAAAGAAGUUGACAGGAGGGACGGCUAGUGCGUACGUGCGGCAGAUGAGUAUCGAGGCGGAAGAGGACAAGCAGACGCACCUCUGUCCUAAGGUGGAGGGACGCAUUGUGAAGGCAGAUGAAGCGACCAUCAAGCGCCUACUGGCUGAGAAGGAUAUGAAAGUGGGUGCACAUGUUCUGGAGGCCAUUGUUCAGGAGUCCAACAGCCGCCAAAACUCAGUGGAGUCUUUGACCGACAGCCGCCAAAACUCAGUGGAGUCUUUGACCGACAGCCGCCAAAACUCAGUGGAGUCUUUGACCGGUGGCAACUGAACAUAAGAAAUACUUAUGGCUGUUUUCUGCAUAUUCUUUGUUGUUAGUCAUUAGUCAAUUGAUUUUCGUACUGUAGUUUUAGUCUUUAAUUGAGUAGUUUCACAUUUUUGUUAACGUAAGCUAUUGGUCAAGAAAGGGACCUCUCCAUUGUGAUCCCAUAUUGUUUGUUUGAUGUGUCCCUCAAUAUGGGAAAACAGAGUUUUAAGUACAGGCUAAUCAGGGACGACACUUCUCGCCUAAAUUGGAUUUUUGCUCAGAAAAGACCUCAUUUAAAUGAAAAAUACAAUAAAGGGGAAAGUGUUACCUUGAUAAGCGUGUGUGGACUUUACAGACUUAUCAUGAACGACUUUAACCCUUUCAGUGCUGGAACCGAAUUGUGAAGGCCUUUGCAAACAAUUUGGAUCCAGAUGAGACGCCACAGAACGUGGCGUCUCAUCAGGAUCCAAACUGUUUGCUAUUCUGUUUGCAAAGGCCUUCAAAAUUCGGUUCCAGCGCUUAAAGGGGUUACCCUUUACCACUAAGAAAUGUAUUUUGUCGCAUUUGUAGUCCCUUAGAAAGUUAUAUUCAAUUAAAGGCCUGUAUUACUAGAUCCAAUUUUUAAAGGUUUCAAUUCAAAUCCUUAGAUACUGAUGAGCAGCAAACAGCAUAAAACCUGAACAGACUGCUAGUUACUCGCAGGCUGUUCUGGUUUUUAUGCUGUUUGCACAUAGCCAUUUUCACUUAGCUUCUAAGUGGGAAAGGGUUAAGGCAAUAUACUGACUCAACUUAAGUUUUUCUCAAUUUUUUACUAGAUGAAUUUGACCAUCAUACUCAAUUUGUUCAUAAAAUCUUUUUUGAGUCCACCACAACCCUGAGUUUUAGGAGGAAUAUGUACUUAUAGCUGGGAUAUUAGAUUGUUUGUGAGCUGACCAACGUUCUCAAUACUCAGCUGAGUGGAGACUCAAACCUCAUCUUCUGAGUUGAGAAUGUUCUUGAUACUGGGUUCUUGUAUUGGCAAUUUGUUAUGCCCCCGGAUCGAAUGAUUGGGGGUAUAUUGUUUUUGGCCUGUCUGUCAUUGUAUGUGUCACAAAACUUAAACCAUGGUCAUAACUUUUGCAAUAUUGAAGCAACUUGAUAUUUGGCAUGCAUGUGUAUCUCAUGGAGCUGCACAUUUUAACAGGUGAAAGGUCAAGGUCAUCCUUCAAGGUCAAAUAUAUGGCUUCAAAGAGGCGCAGUAGGGGGCAUUCUGUUUCACAAACACAUCUCUUGUUUUAUUACUGUAACUCAGUAUUAUUAUUCUGUCACAAAUGUUUAUGGAUUUUCCAGGGUCAACUGCACAACGAAAUAUUAUGUUAAUUGAACAUUAACGUCUUAUAUCAGACAUUAUAGAAACAAUCCACAAAUGUAACGUCCCAACGAAGAUUUCUUAUUUAGCAAUUCCAAAAAAUUUCAUGUCAACUAUAUUAAAUGAAUUAAAUAUCUGGUUUGUUGAAAAAGCUUCUUUUAAUUCUAGUUAUUUGUUGUGUUUUAACUGGUAAAAAUUUGAUGAAUUUGGGUCAUCUAAUAGUCAUCCAUGAAAUCUGUCAUUGUUGGUCGAAGGUGGUGAAAAUCUGUACGUAGAUAUAUAUUCCUGUAGGCAGGUAUGAGGAGUAAGGUAGUCACAUCUGUAAAGACCCUUUAGUUCAUUGAUUUAGUUAUACAUGUAUAUAAAUUGUUAAGAUUAAAAUAAUGUUAAUGUUUUAGAUUUAUAGUAUUUUUGCACUUGUUAAGUGCUUCAAUUUAUCUGGUGAUGUUUUUUAUAACUUUUUUUGAGAUAUUUUUUAUAUUAAUUGAACAAUUUUUUUCAUGAAGGUGUGUGAUAUUUUCAAAUGUUAUUUUUUAUGCCCCCCUUCGAAGAAGAGGGGGUAUAUUGUUUUGCACAUGUCGGUCGGUCGGUCCGUCUGUCCGUCCACCAGAUGGUUUCCGGAUGAUAACUCAAGAACGCUUAGGCCUAGGAUCAUGAAACUUCAUAGGUGCAUUGAUCAUGACUGGCAGAUGACCCCUAUUGAUUUUCAGGUCACUAGAUCAAAGGUCAAUGUCACAGUGACUCGAAACAGUAAAAUGGUUUCCGGAUGAUAACUCAAGAAUGCUUACGCCUAGGAUCAUGAAACUUCAUAGGUACAUUGAUCAUGACUGGCAAAUGACCCCUAUUGAUUUUCAGGUCACUAGGUCAAAGGUCAAGGUCACAGUGACAAAAAAGGUAUUCACACAAUGGCUUCCACUACAACUGACAGCCCAUAUGGGGGGCAUGCAUGUUUUACAAACAGCCCUUGUUCUACAUUGUUACUGCUGCAACAUAUUCUCAUGAUGAAAUUGCGAAUAAAUUGCUAUGAACACAAAAUUUUAACAAUCCAUUUCUUGCAUAUUUAUCAAAAGUUGUUUGUUCUUGUAAAAAAACUUAAAGCAUUUGUAUGGGUUCAAUAGAUAAAAAGGUUUAAACAGCAGCCCUGGGGAUAUAAAAUUAAAUCAAGGUGUCCCUACUUUGUUAUAUUACAGCAGCCCUGGGGAUAUAAAAUAAAAUCAAGGUGUCCUUACUUUGUUAUAUUACAUAUUUAUUGGGUGUGAUUGUUUAUUAGCUUAUUUUACAAAUGGAACCCUGGAAAAUGGGGAGACAAUGUGUAUGCAAACUUCAUUAGUGUAAGAGUGCUGAUGUUUAACAAGACAUUAAUAUUUUGUUUUAAAAUAGCAUUUUGAAAUGAAUUCCUCUUAAAGUACCUCAUUUUGUCAUUUUGUAUUACAGUAUUUCAUCUUUUCUUAACGCAGAUUUUUAAACAAAUGUCAAGUUACGAAAGAAUAUUGAGCUUGAAAUGAGUAAAGAUUUAUUGUCCAUAUGUUCUUAAAAUAAAGAACAAAUGAAGGCAUGAAAGGAAUCGAAAACAACAACACUUAAAUUAACUUAUCAUGGAUGUUGGGAUUGACUUGUUAUACUUCUUUACUUAAAUUUGUUGUAUGGCAUUGAAAAAGUCUGGGCUCUUGUGUCUUUGUAGACAUGAGUUGUUUUUUUAAUUGUUGAUAAAUAGUAUGUCUAUUCCACCGCAUGUAUACAUGAUAUUAUGUAGAGUAUGUAUGCCAAGAACUUUUUGUUAAGUUGUUGAAUAAUCACACCUGAAUUACAGCAUUAUCUUAAGUUUAUGUACGUUAUGUUAGUUUACAAAAUGUAAUGACAAAUUGGUCAUAUCAUAUACACCUUCCACCCUUUUUUUGCUUGCCUUUUACUUAAUGUAUUGAAAGUAUUGGGCGGUGUUUUGUUUGGACUGAAGAAUUUUACAAUAUGGACGCAUGCUUUAUCUUUUUGCGUAUGUUUUACUAUAUUAAGAUGUAAAAUAAUCAUAUAUUAUAAUUAUUAAUUAUGUUAUACCUCAUAUUUUAUUGGUAUAGAGGGGCUUAGUUGUAUUAUCCAUCAUUCCAUAUUUGUUAACAUAGUGACAUUUUUCCUUUUUUCUUGUUACAUGUGUAGUAGUUUUUUUUAUUUUUUAUAUUCAUUCUUAUACAAUAAUUUUUUAUCUUUAUUAUUGCUUACUAGCUUUCUGUAUCUAUUUUUUCUUUUUGUAUUUUUUGCAAUCACUAUAUUUUUUUUUGUUAUAUUCAUAUUUUACAUUUUACUUAGAUAUUUCUUAGUCAGUGUGUUUUGUCUACUUCAAGGUAUUUGCCUUUUGGUUUUGAAAUAAAAGCUGAUUUACUGAAUUUAUGAAAGAUGUGCGUGUUAGAUUGCAGCAAUAGAGACACUGGUGUGUUUGUUUUUUGACAGCUCAAUUUAAGAAUUUGAUUGAAUGAAACCUAAUGCAAUAUUUUCUUUACACCAUUUACCAUGAUGAAUAAACCUUGAAUGAGUGUAAAACUUGUUAGGAUUGUUCUAAAUGUCACAUAAUGUUAUACUGCAUUUCUCUUAUUAAUGCAUUCGUUCUGACAUAUCGACAAAUGUUUGUAAACUUUUGUGUACAGUAUUUUGUGGUGAAAUAUGACCCAGUAAAUGUAAAUUGGACCAGGCGGGUGAAGAUCAAGGACAAUGUUAACCCAUGAAUGUUUAGUGGACUCUCCCAUCCUUCCAAAAUGGAUCAAUUUAUUUCCAAAAUUGGGGAUGUCUAGUAUAUUUAUUUCGAUAUUUAGAAUAUUUCUUACCGAAAUUCCUUUAAGCAAACAGCGCAACCCUGAUGAGACGCCGCAUCAUGCUGUUUGCCAAUGCAUUUUUUCUAGACGCUAGACAUAAAUGGGUUAAUGAAAAUAGGAAAACUGUUUCUGCUCAAUAGCUUGAGUUUGGGUGAAGGUAUUGCACUGAAAUUGUUUGUGACUCUGUCCUUUAAAAAGAUGCAGCUAGGGAUAGUAUACCUGGCCUGUUAGCCAAAGGUCAAGGUUACUGUUUCUAAAAAUAGAAAAACUGCUUCUGCUCUAAAUUUGUACUUCGAAUGAAGGAAUUAGGCUGAACUUGUGUGGGUAUGUAGCUAACCUGCUGACCUUACUUGAGAUUCCACAUUUAUUAUUAUGCCACCUUUGAAGAAGAGGGGGUAUAUUGUUUUGCACAUGUCGGUCCGUCCGUCGGUCCGUACACCAAAUGGUUUCCGGAUUAUAACUCAAGAACGCUUAGGCCUAGGAUCAUGAAACUUCAUAGGUACAUUGAUCAUGACUGGCAGAUGACCCCUAUUGAUUUUCAGGUCACUAGGUCAAAGGUCAAGGUUACAGUGACUCAAAACAGUAAAAUGGUUUCCGGAUGAUAACUCAACAAUGCUUAGGCCUAGGAUCAUGAAACUUCAUAGGUACAUUGAUCAUGACUGGCAGAUGACCCCUAUUGAUUUUCAGGUCACUAGGUCAAAGGUCAAGUACACUGACUUGAAACAGUAAAAUGGUUUCCAGAUGAUAACUCAAGAAUGCUUAAGCCUAGGAUCUUUAAAAUUCAUAGGUACACUGAUCAUGACUGGGUGAUGACCCCUAUAAAUUUUCAGGUCACUAGGUCAAAGGUCAAGGUCACAGUGACUUGAAACAGUAAAAUGGUUUCUGGAUGAUAACUCGACAAUGCUUAGGCCUAAGAUCAUGAAACUUCAUAGGUACAUUGAUCAUGACUGGCAGAUGACUCCUAUUGAUUUUUAGGUUACUGGGUCAAAGUUUAAGGUCACAGUGACUCAAAACAGUAAAAUGGUUUCCAGAUGAUAACUCAAGAAUGCUUAAGCCUAGGAUCAUGAAACUGCAUAGGUACAUUGAUCAUGAAUUGCAGAUGACCCCUAUUGAUUUUCAGGUCACUUGGUUCAAGGUCAAGGUCACAGUGACUCGAAACAUGUUUCCGGAUGAUUGCUCAAUAACGCUUAGGCCUAGGAUCAUGAAACUUCAUAGGUUCAUCGAUUAUGACUGGCAGAUGACCCAUAUUGAUUUUCAGGUCACUUGGUCAAAGGUCAAGGUCACAUUGACUCAAAACAGUAAAAUGUUUUCAGGAUUAUAACUCAAUAAUGCUGAGGCCUAGGAUCAUUAAACUUCAUAGGUACAUUGAUCAUGACUGGCAGAUGACCCCCUAUUGAUUUUCAGGUCACUAGAUCAAAGGUCAAGGUCACAGUGACUCAAAACAAUGAAAUGGUUUCUGGAUGAUAACUCAACAAAGCUUAGGCAUAGGAUCAUGAAACUGCAUAGGUACAUUGAUCAUGACUGGCAGAUGACUCCUAUUGAUUUUUAGGUUACUAGGUCAAAGUUCAAGGUCACAGCGACUCAAAACAGUAAAAAGGUUGCCCGCUGAUAACUCAAGAACCCUAAGGCCUAGAAUCAUGAAACUGCAUAGGUACAUUGAUCAUGAAUGGCAGAUGACCCCUAUUGAUUUUCAGGUCACUUGGUUAAAGGUCAAGGUCACAGUGACUUGAAACAGUAAAAUGGUCACCGGAUGAUUUCUCAAGAACGCUUAGGCCUAGGAUCAUGAAACUUGAUAGGUAGAUUGAUCAUGACUGGCAGAUGACCCAUAUUGAUUUUCAGGUCACUUGGUCAAAGGUCAAGGUCACAGUGACUCAAACAGUAAAAUGGUUUCAGGAUGAUAACUCAAUAACGCUGAGGCAUAGGAUCAUUAAACCUCAUAGAUACAUUGAUCAUGACUGGCAGAUGACACCUAUUGAUUUUCAGGUCACUAGGUCAAAGGUCAAGGUCACAGUGACCUGAAGCAGUAAAAUGGUUUCUUAAGUAUUCACACAAUGGCUGCCACUAUAACUGACAGCCCAUUUGGGGGGCAUGCAUGUUUUACAAACGGCCCUUGUUUUAAUUGACGCGACAAAAUAAAUGAGAAUAAGGUUGAAGACCAUGUUUCAGAGCAUUUCCAUGUUUGUUGUAAUAUCCAUCACUUUCUGUGCCUUCAUUUGUACAACAAGUUAAUAUAACUGUCAACAAUCACUGUAACAGAGAUACAUAUAUUAACAGGCAUACUUUGUGACAAUUUGGCAGUCUUGAUGUUGAUAGACAAUUGGACCAGGUAAAAUAAUGAUGGCUCUUACCAGCUUUCACUUACAGUUAAGUUGUUGAAGACAUUGUCAAUGUUUACUGAAAUAAAUUCAAUAAUGCAAGUCCAGUUUUAUGUGUCCAUCUUUGUUUUGCCAAUGUUCAAAGAUGUUAGAAUAUGUAAUUGAAUGUGCACUUAAAACAUAUAAACAUCUUAUGGAUUUUUUUAUCAAAAUUAUUUUAUUAACAAGGAGAAAAGUGUAAGUCUUUUUGGGUAUUAAUAUGGUGUGAAAUAGUAUGGCAUUAUAACAAUCCAUUUUAUGUAUUGCUAGUUCACAUGAUUUUUGUACAAGGAGAUUUCAGGAUUUCACUGCCACAAUCAUGUAUAAAGUUGUUAGGGCACUGUAUGUUAACAUGCAAUUUUGAAUGACAUAUUGAAUUGUUUUUAGCUCACCUUAGCACAACGUGCUCAUGGUGAGCUUUUGUGAUCGCUUUUUGCCCGUUGUGCGUUGUGCAGCGUCAAUAUUUGCCUUGUUAACUCUCUAGAGGCCACAUUUAUUGUCCAAUCUUCAUGAAAUUUGGUCAGAAGAUUGGUUUAAAUGAUAUCUUGGAUGAGUUCGAAAAUGGUUACGUUUGCUUAAAAAAAAUGGCUGCCAAGGGGCGGGGCAUUUUUCCUUAUAUGGCUAUAUAUGGCUAUAGUAAAAUAUUGUUAACACUCUAGAGGCCACAUUUAUUGUCUGAUCUUCAUAAAACUUAGUCAGAAGAUUCAUCCCAAUCAUAUCUUGGAUGAGUUCGACAAUGAUGCCGGUCGGUUGAAAAACAUGGCCGCCAGGGGGCAGGGCAUUUUUCCUUAUAUGGCUAUUGUAAAACCUUGUUAACGCUCUAGAGGCCAAAUUUAUUUUCCGAUCUGCAUGAAACUUGCUCAGAAGAUUUGUCCCAAAAAUAUCUUGUUAUCUCAGGUGAGCGACUUUGACCUUUCAGGCCCUCUUGUUAUUUAAUAUGUAUUAAUAUGAUACAUGUUUACAUAUCAAUCAGUUUGUAUUUUUCUGAGAAUUUUAAUUUAAUUUGUAAGAGUUUAACAAUAUUUUUUUCAGCAGAUACGCAUUUUAAUUAAAUAAAUAAAUACUCACCUGUUAGUAUCACUUACUGUAACAGUUUUCAUUUGGAAUGUAUGCUCUCUUCAUCUACUGGUGCUAGAACAGUUUAAUUAGACUUAUUAGAUUCUCUUUAAACCCUUUAACCUUUGAAUGAUAUUUAUAAAAUGUUGCUUAUUAAAACCUUUUGAUCCUUUAGACCAUGUGCAGAAGUCAUACCAACUCAGGGUGAAAGGCCUUAUUUGUAGUUGAAAAUGUUAGCUUGUAUUUUCAUGUCAUAACUAUGUGUCAUGUGUCAUAAAACUGGUUUUCAUAAAAUUAGCCUAAAAUGUGUAGCCAUUAUAGACAAUUAUGUCCAGAGUGCACCAGUCAUUCACGCCAGCUCAAGGACCAGGUCACCAUUUCAAGUCAGCUCAAUACCUGGUCUUCCUUUAAAACAUUCAUAAAACUUGGCUCAAAGGUAGCUUGAGUUAUGCACAACGGCUCAAGGACAAGAUCAUCAUUCAAGUCAGCCUGGUCUGCCUUUAAAACAUUCAUAAAACUUGGCUCAAAGGUAGCUUGAGUUAUGCACACAUGCUCAAGGACAAGGUCAUCAUUCAAGUCAGCCUGGUCUUCCUUUAAAACAUUCAUAAAACUUGGCUCAAAGGUAAAGGUCAUUGAAAUGUAUGGGAACUUAAGCCUGGUCAAGGUUAAUGUCACAAUUAAAGGUGUAAUUUUUCUACUUUCUUUUUAGAGUCAAUGUUUUUCGUGCCUGCUUUAUAGUGUGCUUUAUCUUUUAAGGGGGCCUUUUCACAGAUUUUGGCAUGUUUUGAAGUUUGUCAUUAAAUGCUUUCUAUUGAUAAAUGUAAGCAUUUGCUCUAAAAAGCUCCAGUAAAAAAUCAAGAAUAAAAUUUAAAAAAGAAAAAAAAGUAACCCUAAACAGGGCUCGAACCACUGACCCCUGGAGUCCUGGCGUAAAAAGUCUCCGACUUAGACCCCUCGACCAUUCUUCCACAUAAGAUGUCAGAUGUAUUUUAUAGUAUAUAUAAGCAAUCAUCGUAGUUUCACAAAAUAUAGCGACAACAACAGAACUCUCCAAAUUAUUCAAUCGUUUCGUGUUGCAACGCUUUAUCAUUUUCAGGUUUUUAAAUCGUCAAAAGAUGCAUAUAAUGUCUAUAUUAGAGCAUGGUAAAUGUUCAGUAUUACUGUUUUCUCACAAAUAUCAUAACUAAAUGAAAAUUUGCAAAACUGAAACAACUUUUUUGUCAAUUUACCAAACCGUGGAAAGGCCCGUUUAAAAGCUAUUUUAGAAUUAGACUCAAAUGUCUUGAUUAUUGAUACCAUAUGUAAAAGACAUAUUGUCGCUGUCGUUCUCAAACCUCGUAGCUCCAACAUUUUCAUUUUUUUUUUCGUCUUCCGAAAAUAUAUAUAGUCUGGCACAUGUUUUGUGCUAUAUCUCGUAGCUCUACGCCAAUCAGAGCCCUUGAAAAAGCCACGUGACGAAAUGUUGUAGCUUGAUUGUUGGCUUUUUUUUUCGGGCAACAAGUUGUAGCGACGUCAUUUCACCUAUAGUAACGUCAUUUCAUUUGGAUAAAUUUGACAAAAACGUUUUUAUAUUUGCAGCUAUGAGGUUUCGUAUCAGGACGAAUUGCCGUACAUCAUAAAAAUGAAAAGACUGUGGUGACAUAAUGUCGUAGCUACCAUUUCUGAAUAUCAGUAUGACUUAUCAGUAUGACUUUCACGUCUACGGCUUAUACCGUUUGUUGCAGCUUUAUUUGUUUGGUAUUUUUACAGAAUUUCAAUUUCUAAAACAUCGUUAUAAAAAAUGUGACGGUUUUUUCUCUCUCCUGAAAAGAUGGCAUUUUGUAGCUAUGAGGUUUGAGAACGACAGCGACGAUUUCCCAUGUCAAUAUAAGGUCAAGAUCACACGUGAAGGUUGAACAGUAUUUUCAAGUCUCCUGUAUCCUUUAAAGGAUUUUCAUGAAACUUGCCUCAUGUGUUUAUCUUAUUCAGGUAAAUUGCAAAAGGCAUGAGACAGUCAUGCCACUUUAAGGUCUUGGUCACAUGUGAAGGCCAAAAAGGUCAUGGUGGGGGAUCUAGCACUAUUAAGUACUAUAAUUACCUUGCUACUAUCGUUAAACAUGUGAUGGAAAGGCUUGUAAUGAGGCUUUAGAAUUGAUUGAAUCAGACCUUCUAACUGACAAAGGCAAUUAUAACUAUAUAAUAAUAAUAUUUUAUCAACACAUUCUGUACACAUUCCAUAGCUGCUUAACAUGUAAUGGUGCUGGUUGCAUUGACAGUAUAUGGGCAUUCUAAAACAUACAUAUAUAUAUACCAAACUGUUAACCGAUAUGAACACAUUCAGAAAUACAACAUCUGAUGAUCAAUGUCUUAAUCUAUCAUUUUGCAAAUUUUAUUAGACAUUAAUUAAAACAAUUUGGUUAUGAACAAUGUAGCAUGACACGUGUUGAAUUUAUUAUCUUUUUCUUUAGACCUGAUGUGCACUCUUCACUGGUCCGACAUAUUUUUUAAUUCCUUUUUAUUUCUCAAACAUGUUUUCAAUAAUCAAUAUUUCUCUCUAAAACAAUCAGAGAUACAGAUAAUAAAAUGCUGAAAAUAUCAGGGUGUGAUAGAUAAAAAAAUAUUAUAUAUUUAUAUUUAUUAUUAUAGCUUAUACACAUAGUUAUUUUCUUCACUAUCAAAAUGAAAAUGCACUUUUGUUAUGCUUAGCAAUAUUAAAUAAUACAUUUUCUUUUACAUUAAAAUUAAUAUCUGUCUGACAACUUGAGAUAAGAUUCCAAUGUUUUAUGUAAAUUGUGUUUUUAUGUGAUGUGUUUUGUGAAAUUUGUUCUUCAAUUCAUGUUGUUUGUGAUUGAACAAUUUGUUUAAUAUGUGUAUUGAAGGGUUUUUUAUGCAAUCGAUUAGCACAAUAAAUAUGCAUUUCAAAUA